AUGUUGUUUCCAGUUUCCUCAAAGCCUCUCAACAUUACAAGUAUAACAGAAAUCAAUAAUUCCCCGUUCGCCAGUAGCAUCGCAAAACCUAAUCUUACCACAAACCUCACCGCUUUUGGUCACGACAGGUUCGUUUACAGGAACAAGCCGCAAUUAAGACUCAUGAUACUGACUUUGAUCAUGACCUUCUAUACAUACCAUAGGUGGGUCAAUGUUCUCGACAACUGGCGCCUAGCCCAAGGACGGGGAAGGACCUCGUCUUUAGCAAGAGCCUUUGCGACUGACUCAUUCACAGCUGUCUUGAGGUUGUCUGCUCUUCUGACGAUCUUGAAGACCAAGAAACUUAACUUUUCACAUUCGCACGAUGGUAGGUCCGUGGGUCUGGGCAUUUGUCUGGACGAAUGUCGUGGCGUGGACGAUAGCCCUGGUGGCUGGGUUGGUGAUAGGCGUCUUAUACACACGUGGUUCAGGCAGGUGCAAGUCUACCAGGAGACUGGAUGGAAAAACUGCCAUUAUCACGGGAGCUUCAGCAGGGAUUGGCAAGGAAACAGCGCGGGACUUAGCAGGUCGAGGAGCGCGGGUUAUUCUCGCCUGCAGGAACGUCGAGAAGGCGCAGAAGGUUGCCAACGAGAUCAUCGCCGAUACCGGAACCAGCAGGUGUUGGUGCGCCACGUCGAUACGUCCGACAUGUCCUCCGUCAGAAAGUUUGCCUACAGCAUCCUCAGUUCGGAGAACAGCCUGCACAUUUUGAUCAACAACGCGGGAAUACCAGGCUAUACCACAAAGAAGUUGACUCCCGAGGGUUUAGAGUUAGCAAUGGCGACCAACCACUUUGGCCACUUCCUUCUGACAAAUUUGCUCUUAGACCUCCUGAAGGCGAGCGCUCCCAGCCGCGUGGUCAACGUCAGUUCCAACUCCCACUGGAUGUGUCACAACCUGGACACCAACGACCUCAACUACAAAUGGAGACCUUUCCCGGGUUGGCUCCCGUCCUACGGCCAGAGCAAACUGUCGAACAUCCUCUUCACGCUAGAACUCAGCCGAAGAGUUAGAGGGACAGGAGUUACAACCAACAGCGUUCACCCCGGCGUGGUGAACACAGAGAUCUUCGGGAAGGAAGGCUGGAGGAUUGUGAACUUACCCGCUAUCCUAGCUGCCUGGAUCAUGGCCAAGGACGAGAAACUGGGAGCCCAACCAGUCAUCUACUUGGCGGUGUCUGAGGAAGUGGACACUGUGUCUGGGAAGUACUUCGUCGACUGCAAGGAAGCCCCUUCCUCCACACUGGCACAGGAUCCGAUAUUGGCGAGGCGUUUGUGGGAGGCCAGCGAGAAAUUAGUUGACCUUCAAUCUUAGGAAUUGGUCGACCUUCUGCCUUGGAAACAGUUGACCUAUAAGAGUACCUAUUAUUGGCUGAUAGAGACCUCACCACUACACGCUUGCCUAAGAUUUUUACAUUUGCUGAAGAUGUAAACAUGGGUCCGGGUAUCCUUGUCUUCUGAGAGCACAGACCUCGGAAAAUGGGGCAACUAUGUAAUACUUUGACCUUCGAGGAAUCCCUCUAGGCCUAGUAAUUUUUUAUGGGGUUUCUCCCCCACCAAAGCUACUCCCUGAAACAUGUAGCUCAUCUCCAGAAAAUUGUUUAUUACAUAUGUUUUUCUACAUAAAAUACACACUGUAUUUACGUAAUGUGCAAUAUUCUAAUACAUGGAAAAAUGGAGAAGGGAUGAUAUUUAUUUAUUUAUUAUGAAAUGUUAGGAACUCGCACUCUCUAUAGGAAGGCUAGUUUUUUAUGUUAGAACUAUUCUGGCCAUCGAAGGCACCCGUAUUUUUUUUGUGUGAUUUUCAGAAAUGUCUAUUGCAUCACGUAGAUUGAAUAAUUUGAAAAAGAUUAUGGUUAUAAUUAUUGAAUUUUAUGUGUGGUACGGGAUGCUUUAGUUAUUCUAAAUAUAUCGUAUGUAAUUGAAAAUAAUAACAUUAAUAAAAUAUAUAUAUUUUAUAUUUUCGGUUUGCAUACCCUCAUCCUUGGAACUGCUUAGGUUAC